CGAUAUGUUAUUAGCAGCAAAGCUAAGAAGCUAAAGACACCGGCAACAUCGGGUAGUUCAUGAAUUUGAAUAGGAUUUUGAGACAGUAGCAGGCGUCCUUAGUCAGUACGUUGGACUGAAGUCUAUUUUGCUCAGGAAUCGGCAUGUUAUCCACCUGCUGCAGAUUGUUUUGAACAGAUUUGAAUGCAAAUUACAGCGAGGUCCACGGAGAGGAUAACCACUUGGGUGGAAAGUAAAUCACGAAUGUGUGGAUUUCAAAAUGCAUCCGUGUCCUGUUUGUCUAAAAUCGUUCCCAUCACCAUAUAAACUUAGGAGGCAUUAUGUCAUCCACACUGGCCAGAAACCCUUCAUCUGUGCAACCUGUGGAAAAUGUUUCACACAGUCUGAUCAUUUAAAAACCCACCUGCAGAACGUCCACCACCCGAGGCUUCCAACAGACUGUCUACAGGAGGACAUUGUACCUCAUAACCAACAAGCAAAUGAUAAUAACCCAGCUGCAAGGAUUAACAUAUCCAGCAUUUGUAAUAACAAUGUAAUGCCUUCAACUGUGCCAUCUUCUGUGGCCUUCCAGCCAGAGUGCAAAGGGGACAAUGUGGCUUCCAAAACUGGAAAUCCACCCCAAAAAAUGAUUGUAAAUGAUACCGUGGUGACUUGGAGCUGCAUCUCAAAUGUCAUGGAUCCAAUAACUCCGGAGCAAGUUGAGUCUGCAGAUGAAAACACAUCCGUGUACCACGCCCAAAACGGAUACACCGGCACGGUGUGCUCCAAGUCAUAUAUUUCAUCUCCUCACCUUUGGAUUCAAUCACCGACCCAUCAACCAAAGGAAUUAGAGUGGAGCGAAAAGUCAGGCCCGACUUUUUCUAAACGAGCCAAUUCCAAAGAGCACCUGCAAGAAAAAGAAUUGAGCCACAGCGGAGGUAAAAUGACUUUAAAACACCAGUGUACCAUAUGUCUCAAAAGCUUCUGCUCGCCAUCCAAAUUACAACGGCACUCCCUUAUUCACACAGGGCAGAAACCCUACUCAUGCACGGUCUGCCGGAAAGCCUUCAGGCAGAAGGUACACUUAAAAUCUCAUCUUAGUUCGGAAAAUAGAUGUUCACUUUCUGUCGGUGCUGAAAGGAAGAAGCAACGUUUUUUUAGUAGCAGACAAACCUCAGGUCUGCUGCUUCAGCCGCCACUUGAGCAACAUCCCUCCGGACAUCGCACUCAUGCGGAUUCCUCCGUGGAGCUGGAACUACAGUGUAAAAUAAGUGUAAAUGCUGUGCAGGACGCGGUCGAGACUGAAGUCAAGUCCGAAGCAGCCGCAAAGCCAGAGCAAUCAGUCCAUGACAGCAGUCAGAGUCGGGGUACGUUCGAAAGGUCAGAUGACCCAGAGCAGCAGGACCUAACGCAGAAAUCCUUGAAACCAUUUCAGUGCAUGAUCUGCAACAGGUCCUUGUGCUUAGAAGGUGACUCAAGAUGUCAUCAUAAAAUAAAUCGGGACCAAGAAGAAUUGGGAUCUGCCACCAUAGUGCAAAACAGCAACAACGUAGAAAUCCGACAUUUCCCUGAACCCAAUCUCCCAGAUCCCCUCGAUUUGAACAUCAUUGUAAAACCAGAAUCAUGGAGCGUCGAUUGCACUGAUUACCAAGACUCUCAUCCUCCGGGUUGCGAGGUAAUCCCAUCAGCACGACAGCAGGGGGAACCCCGCAGUGACACCAGCGAGCGGAACAAAAUCCACCGGUGUCAGGUGUGUUUAAAAUGUUUCCCCUCCAUAUCAAAACUCCAAAGGCACCUGAUGACUCAUACCGGACAGAGGCCCUUCGGCUGCGACAUGUGUAGCAAGAGAUUCCGGCAGAAAACGCACUUGAGGGUCCAUUGUCGCACACACCUGUGGUCUAGAUAUCACAAGCAACGCUCGUUGUAUAUUAACCGGCCACCUUCUCGCAUAGGUGGCUUAAGCAGGUCCGCAGCAGACGUCCCGGUCCUGGAAAUGUUGCUACAAGAGCAAUUUGAGACACACAGUGGCCGCGAUGUAGUCUCACCGAAACGCCCACAUUCAACUCUGUCCAUGGGGAUUCUCCGCAGUGACAACGUGGAAUCGGAUAAUUUGUCGCCACGUAUCUCAAAGAAGAGUGAGGUUGUGCGAAAGGCUUCCACGGUGAGUGUGAAAAGGACACAGGUGGCUGGUCCGAUGCAAAAUCCGAGCAACGUGCAACACAACUGCUUCCAGUGUUCAAAGUGUUUUCCAAGCGCCUCGAAGUUAGAAAGGCAUGAGAUGGUCCACACGGGCUUGAAGCCGUUUCACUGUGUUUUCUGUGGGAAAGCAUUCAGGCAAGCUGCGCACCUCAAAACCCACCAGAUAAGCCACUGUGAGAGGAAACCAUCGAGGCCGGUCCAUCAGCAGGAGAACAUUAGAAAACUGAAAGGAAAUCGUCAACGGCAGCCACGGAUCAGUGUUCGGAUCCCUCGACAGAAUUUACCUGUGAACAAAGAUGGUCCACUCUACAAUUGUGAUGGUACAGACGGUGCUGAAGGGAGAGCAUCGCUGUGCGCCAGGCGUGCGAUGUCUAUCACUAAAGGGAGCAGUCUCCUGAAGACAAACUCUAAAAGUAACAUACCUUGUAAGAAAAGGAAGGUUCACUCAUGCCGAAUAUGCUCCAGGAGCUUUGCGUUCCCUUACAAGCUGUCGAGGCACAUGGCCACUCACUCCGGGACGCGGCCGUACAAGUGCACGUUGUGCAGCAACACCUACACACAGCUUGGACAACUGAAGGUUCAUGAGCAAAGAUGCGGACAGGGUAACAGGGUCUCCCAUUGCGUUGAAGGAGACGUGGGGAAUACCAACCAUCUCCAGGAUGAAGGCCUCGAUGACCUUACUGAUUGUACAGAUUUGAAUGCAAAUGCAACAAGUGAUGGUCACUCAUUUGCUGAAAUAGGUUCAACGUAUUUCUCAGAGGAAACACACACUGAGUGGUUGGCAGUAACAGAAGGCUUACAAGAGGAGAAUAAUGAAUUGGAGAAGAAGAUGAGAGGUGAUUGUGGUCAGACUACAUACAGCUAUGAUCAGGAUAAAGACCAUUACAGUUAUUCAUUUCCCUCCGAACUUUCUCUUGAGAUAGAUAAGCUUGUCCAAAAUCACAACAGGGCAGCUCCACCUUUCUCACAGUAUAAGAGCAAUGCUCACAGCGUCAAAGUAACAUGUCCGCCUAAAGGGGUUAUGGCUGUUUCAGAUGGCAACAAGCUGCUGAAGGUUGAACCUGUCACUUCUCUGGUUGAGAAUCAAAUGCAGCCGGAGAAUUCUUGGUGUGAACCUCUGAACGGGUUUGAAUAUGACACGCGCUCUGCAAGUCAUGAGAGUGAAGACGAUCUUGAGCAGUAUUUUUGUUUAACUAACGUUCAACGCAAAGCAAAAGAGUCGGUUAGGGAGAAUCGGUGUAACAUUUGCCUCAAACAUUUUGUGUCUCCCUCUAAACUUAAAAGGCAUUUUCUUAUCCACACGGGUUUAAGGCCGUUUCGGUGUGACAUUUGUGGCAAAACAUUCACACAGUCAGCACAUGUCAGAACACACCGACUGACUCAUUGACAUUAAUCAGACUAAACAGUGUAAAAUGUGUGGGUUUUUAAAACUUAUAUUUAUGAUGAUAAUCAUUUGUCGGUAAUAUGGUGUUUGAAUUCACUGCAUAUAUGUUAAAUAUUUAGUAGGGGUCUAAAAAUAUGGACAUUUAUAUUUUUGU